AUGCUAGUGUCGUUGCAUCGAUCCACGGCUCUUCUGAAAGUGGUGGUUUCGCUUGUUUCGCUUCUACAUCUAACCCAGGCCGAUUUCGAGCCAGUGAGCCAGCCGGAGCUUAAGUUCUCGCUGUUUGGCGGCCAACUCGGCCUUUUUGGCUCUUUUGACGCGUUAUCACUCUACUCUUUUGUUAAUGCUUCACAAUUUCUCGAUCCUGAGAUCAACACACAAAAAUCCACACAGAGCCAAAACAGCGACAACCUUUUCUUGCGAGACCUUUCCAACAACAACAAUGCCAAGCUCGCUAACGUCGACGGCACAAUCUCCCAGAUCUUGCCGUUAUCGGACCAAACCAUCAUUGUGUCGGGUAACUUCACCACCUUUAACAACCAGUCCAUAACAUCUCCCAUAAUAUAUAAUGUCACCUCCCAACAGAUCACCAACAUCAUCCCAUCCACUACUGGCAACUCAAAACGAGCAGACAUCCCAUCAUUCGAAAAUGGUCAGGUUAAAACCGUGUAUGUAGACGGCGACUUGAUCUACCUUGGUGGAGACUUUGAGUUCAACAACACAGUCGGCGCUGCCAUAUACAACCAAACCUCCAAACAGCUCUAUUCUACACAUUUUGGUGGUUUCGGCUCAAACGCGUCUGUCAAUGCUAUCACCAAGAUCUUUUCCACAAAUGCCGAUGACGACAGCGGUUCUAUCCUCUUUGGGGGAGACUUCAAUACCCUUGGCUUAAGCGACUUGCUAGUUCACAACAUCACCUCCAACUCCACCAGAAGCAAAAAUGCGACCAACACAUCCUUAAUAACGGCUGAACAGAUGAUAUCUCUAAGACAUGGCACCUUCACUAAUGUUAAUGGUGCUGUUGGCGAAGACGGCUCGUCCAUAAUAUGCUCUGCCGAUCAGGAUACCUUUUCCUUUGUUCCAGCUCAGGGAGGCCAGUGGUUGGUCGAAUUGGCCGAUGAAAUGAAGCCAUUGACCCCCACUAAGGCUCGUCUCUACAUUCCGCCAGGAGAUGAUGGUGUCAAGCUCUUUAGAAUCUACUCAUUUCCCAAUAACGGGAUAAUGAAUCUUUCCUAUAUCGACCCAGAAACCAACAGUAUCGCCUUUUGUGAUGCAUGGUGUCCUUUGAGCACACUUACGAGCUUGGGUGAUGCAGUUGAAUCCAACAUCGCCAAGUCUAGAGAUAUCUCCAACUCCAGCACUUUUGUAGACCCCGUGGAUGGAACCUUCUUCCAGUAUUACGACCUCUCCACCAAGUCCAAAACCUUGGGCUAUGGGUCUGACUUCCAGGAAUUUGCAUUUGUAGACGAAAUCGGUGUAGACCAAGUAGGUGUUACGGUCAUCGACUGGUAUGGAUCCAAGGCUGUUUUGGGAGGAUUCGAGUUGUACUCCAACUCCAUUACCGUCUACGGCAACAAUACAUUAAACGAACCAAAUUGUGAUGAUGAGGACGCUGGAAAUCUCUCUGAAAUCAAUGCUGGCGAAUUCCAAUCCGUAAAGGACCUAGUACCAAAUGUAGCCAACACUAACUACUUGGUUGCACAAGGUGAAGAUGCGAAAAUAACCCUUUACCCAAAUAUCUCCUAUGCUGGUAACUACUCCAUCAUCAUGACUACUCCAGGAUGUACCUAUGAUGAUUCAUGUAACCAAAGAUCAAUUGUCAAUGUCACUCUUAUCGACAAUAUGGAUACCAUUUUAGCUACAAACUUAAUUUGGCAGAACAACAACAAUAACAAAUUUGACUACUUAUUCUACGGACAUUUAAAUGGAUCCUCUUCUAGCAAUGGCCGUAACAGAAUUGAGAUCACUUUCCAUGAUACCAUAGGAGAAGGUACUACUGACCCAUGGGUUGUUGUGGACAAAAUCACGGCCAACAUUGUAGGUUUGGAUAAAUACUACGAUCAAAGCCUGAAGAACUCAACAAACUCCACUGUGGGUAGUGAACUUGCAUACAUUCAUCUUAAUGGAUUGUUUGAGUACUCUUUGGCCAACUUCACAAACUUCAACGCAAGCAAAGUUUCUUACAAAUCGGGUGACAACAGCACCAUUAUCAGUAAAGAGAACACAUUUGUGGGCAACUCUUCCAUCAACUUGUUGAGUGGGGAAUUGGUCAAAGGUUCUAUUGUCAACCAGUUCACAAUCGAAAACUCGUCAGAUAGUUCUUCGUUACUCUUACUUGGACAAUUUGAAUCAGACUCAACUAACAUUACAUUGACCAACUCCAAUGUCAUAACUUUGAAUCUUAACGCCUAUAAUUCCACUUCUAACCAAACAGAAGUUAAUAAGAUUUCGAAGAGAGAUUUCAUGACAAUCUAUGGUGUUGAUUUCAACAGUUCUGUAUCUAGUUUGUUCAACUAUGAAGGUGGAAUCUUCCUUCUAGGUGAUUUUGCUGCUACUCAAGCUGGCAACUCAUCUAUCACAAUGAAGAAUUUAGCCAACAACAAUUCGUCAAUAACCACCAUCAAUAACAUCGCUUACCGUUUGGAAAAUGAUUGGUUUGGAUUUGGCAACAACUUCACAGACACCAAGUUUGACCUGUUUACCAACGUGACAAUUCAAGAUACUCAAUACUUUGUAUUUUCAAAUGGCAGCACAUUUAAAACUUGGGAUCAUACAAAUUCGAAGUGGGUAACUGACCCUCAACACCAGCUCAAUAUCAGCCAUGCAUUGAAUCUCAAUUCCAGAAUGCAGAUAUUAGGUGGCGAGUCUUUUAAUGUGAUGGACUUCUACAGCCGAAACCAGGCUUAUAUUCAUAGCCCUUCAAACUUCAGCAACUACAAUUUCGAGGUUUCUUCAGACAGUUUGGAAAUAUCCAACUCUUUCUAUGUCAACAGCUCCUUGAGUGUUAUUGGUGGCAGAUUCAACACACUGUCAGUUUCUAAUAUAGGAUUCAUUGACAACUCUGCUUCAAAUAGUUCGAUAAGAGCUUUGGGUGGAAACAUCGAGUGGCAAAAUGCUUCGACAUCCAUUCAAAUGUUGUACGUUGAUAGCAACGAAGAGUUUCUAUUUAUUGGUGUGAAUGGCUCGGUAGUGGUCAAUGAUGGAGUUUCCAUCACUGGUAUUGUGAUUUACGAUCUUAAGAACAAUACGUUUACAGAUUUCCAACCUGCUGAUCUUUCAAAUGACGAUGGAUCAUCUAUAGAAGUUAAUUCCAUUGUUCAUUAUGAAAAGAGCAACAGGUUAUUGGUUGGUGGUAACUUUGACAAAGCUGGUUCUUUGGAUUGCCCGGGUCUCUGUAUUUAUGAUAUUGCCAAUACCAGAUGGAUUAACCCGGAGGGUCAAGGUGUCACUACUUCCAUCGGUGGCGUUGCUACAGACAUUAAAUUCUACAAAUCGAACGAGGUUCUCGUGAGUGGAAAUUUGACAAUUUCAAGCAACUCUGUGAAUUUCAUCACCUACAACUUUGACAAAGGCACUUACUCAACCCAGGCUGCACUCAAUGACUUGGGAUCUUCUAAGGUAAUCAAGAGAUUCAUCAUUAAUGACUACUCAAACAACGAUUUGAAAGCACGACUUGUAGCUUUUGGCGAUGACUUCGUAUACGGUUACGAUGGUUCAAAUUGGCACCAAAUUGAUGACGACAUCAAUUUCGACAAUAGUACCACCUUCAGCGAUUUGAAAUUAUUGGAUUUGAAGAAUAAAAAUGGUCAGUACAAUAGCACUCUCUUUAGCCAAGGCAAUAUUCUUGCCUUAGCUGGUGCGUAUUCGUUGAAAGAUUAUGGCUUGGUCAAUGUAGCAUUGUACAAUGGAUCACAGUGGAUUCCAUAUGUCUAUACUACUUCAGGCGCAAAUCAAUUGGGCCAAGUCAAAACAAUGUUGAUUGACGAUUCUUAUAGAUUCCAAUCGUCAGACGAUAUCAGCAGUGUCAAACAUUUGUCAAAGGGUAAGGUCGUUGGGAUUUCAUUGGCGUGUGCAUUGGGCUCCACAACUAUCUUGGGAUUGUUGUAUGUUAUCCCAUACUUUUUGUUAUUCAGAAAACAGCGUGACGAAGAAGUAUUGCAUCAACAAAGAAUCGAGGAAGAUCAGAUGAUGAAGACAGUCAAUCCAACAGAAUUGAUACAUGAGAUUGAUCUUCAAAGACACUCCUAG